AUGUCGACGAUUACUCGUGCAUUCACCAAGCGCAAUAAGCGUCCGGAGGUGUCGGCGCCCAUGCCGUAUCGUGGCGAAGGACAUGUGCGAUUUAACUCAGGAAGCAUCAAACGCGGCAACAUCUCCGGCCCUGUUCAACUGCUUUCUACCACCAACAUGCUGGCCUACAACGCCCCCGACAUUCCCUCUCCCGACUCUUCCGCUUCGUCCGUACGAUCGCGUGACGACAGCGACGCUAUGUCGCCCCAGAGCUAUGCUUCAUCUAUGACCUUUCCCGAUAUCUCUCCAACUGACAAUUACCCCGUUGAUUCGAAUCCGCUUGCUUCAUACUUCCCCAAGCGUUCAGUCACUAUGGAAAGCGAACCCCGCUCGUCAACCACAUCAUCCUCGUCGAAUGACGCUCCACUUGUUCCUCGGCGUGCUCUGUCGCAUACCAAGCGGUCGCACCAAGAACUUGCCCGCAAGCGCUCUCAGCAUCGUGCGUCACCACCAACGCUGGCUGCUCCACGCAGCAACCCAGCCAUUCGUGCAUCCCACGAUAUUUUCGCCCCCGAGAUGCACGAGGGAGUCCAUCCCUUCAGCAAGGAGCUGGCGCAGGUCAAUGAGGUCGCUGAGGAAUUUGGCGCCACUCACAUUAUGGAUGAAGAGGAAUUACUGUUGACUCGCAAGGGGCUCCACAAGUUCAGUGUUGACGAUUACCUGACCGAGAUUGAGGAACUCUACGGCAGUAUUUUUGACGACCAUAUCGGGCCCAUCAGUGCUGGGCCUUGGCUAUGA